UUCCACUUACUUUGCUUGCUCGUGUUAACGACGUUCGUUCUCAGUGAGUGUAGUGCCAGUUCAUUCAAACGCCGAUUUCAAUCCGUUUCAGCACGUAAGCUGUUUAAAAAUUGGCGUACGAAAGAGGCCAGGACGGAUAGGCUUUCGUUCGGCCAGAUGCUCAAAAACUGGCCGAAGAAAUCGCAAGUUAGUGUUAAUAAGCUUUCAGCCGGCCAGUUGCUCAAUAGCUGGAGGAGGAAAGCAAAUUCCAGUGAUGACCGGUCAUCACCUGGCCGGCUGUUGAAAGGUUGGCGACGAAAGAUGGAAGUGCAAGAAGCAAGGACAUCCGAUCGCCUACCUCAAAAUGUCGAAACAUCAUACACAACACCGGAGAUUAUCAGGCAUCGCGGCUACCCUGUCGAAAUUCAUCACGUGAUCAGUGAAGAUGGGUACGUUUUGGAACUCCAUCGAAUUCCAGCCGAACCGUCGGCAGACGGCACUCCUAGAAAGGCCGUUUUCCUGCAACACGGAGUACUGGAAGCUUCCAGCACUUGGUUCGUCAAUCCUUCCGAUCGUUCCCUUCCGCUAUUACUGGCGGACAAGUCUUACGACGUGUGGUUGGGUAAUUUCCGGGGCAAUCGUUAUUCCAGGAGACACGUCAGACUCAGUCCCACACAAACUGAUUUUUGGAGAUUCAGCUGGGACGAAAUAGGCAAUUUCGACAUUCCAGCCAUAAUUAAUUACAUCCUGUCUGUGACGGGCCUUCCAACUAUAUCUUACACCGGGCACUCGUUGGGAUGUGGGGUGUUCUUCAUCGCUAUGGUCAGACAUCCGGAACUCAACGCUAAAAUCGAUCAAAUGCACGCUUUGGCGCCGCUCUCGUCUUUUGCCCAUUUCACUACCGACAUUUUCCGUAAAUUGGCUCCGUACGGAAAUGCCCUAGAGACUGUGCUACGGACGGUCGGAACUUGGGGAUGGCUCGAUAGCGCAGGUGUAGGCGACAUCAUUCUGCAACAGGCGUGCGCACAAACCUAUCAACAAGCGAAGCGUUGCCGAAAAGCUUUAAAUGUAAUUAUGGGAUUGAACCAUGAUAAUCUGCAACUUGAAUUAAUGCCGUUAGUCAAAGCCAAUCUUUUGCACGGAACAUCGGUGCCAACGAUAGCACAAUUUGCGCAAAAUUACCUGGCAGGUGAAACGUUUCAGGCUUACGAUUUUGGACGCAAAGGUAACCUGAUGCGCUACGGAACGACCAAGCCUAUGGCCUACGAUCUUAAAACCAUUACUGUACCGGUAUACGUCUAUUCAGGAGGAGCUGAUCGGUUAGUAACCCCACAGGAUGUGGACUGGCUUUUGACUCAACUUGGAAAUAUAAAACGCUCCGUUCGCAUUCAAAAUUACAAUCACGGAGAUUUCCUUUGGGGAACGGAUGUCAAAGAAAAGCUUUACAACAGCGUCUUGGCUGAUCUACCGCCACCGUAACCUCAAAUCGUUACACUCAG